CUAGCCGAUACUACAUUAAAAAAUAACGUAAAAUAACGCAGUAACGCAUCAUGUAGUAACGGUAACUGAGUUACUGGAUAUAAAAAAAUAACGCGUUAGAUUACUAGUUACCGCCGAAACUAACGGCGUUACAGUAACGCGAUACUUAGUAACGCGUUAGUCCCAACACUGGUCCCUACACAAUAUAGCUAAAUACAUUCACAACCGUGUACUGUUUUGGCUACCCACUCGGACUACAUUACCCACAAUCCUCAGCUGCAAACAGGAAGCAGUUUCCAUCAAGAUGGCGGGCCAAGCAGUAAACAUGAGAGACUCCAGCAGUGACGAAGACGAACAACUGAAAAGAUGCCGGGAGGCAACUUGGGAGACGCAAAAUAUUCGGACAGGUGACAAUGGCCGUGCGAAACAAUCCAAACGGGUUGUCAUUGCUGCCCAUGAACAUCAUGGUAACGAGCUCCAGGUCACCCAAGGGUUUCAAACUCAUGUUGCCAAAAAGCUAGGACAACUUCUUGACAGUCACUUUUCAGAGAUCCACACUGAGAUAUCAGGCUGUAUGACUGCAAAAUGUGACGAUAAUGAAGAAGGGUUUCGUCUGUUCUCAACAUCAGUCCCAGGACAGCCGGCAGAAGAUCCACCUCCUCCUGUACGUCGUCGGCCUAUUCCCAGCUCAAGUGACAGCGACAGUGAGAUGGAAAUGAGGCUGAAGGAGGCAGUGGUGUCUUUCAACGAUCUUUUACCCUCGUCAUCAACAGCCGAACCUCCUCACUCGGAAAAGAUCAAGAAGUCUGACAGAGAAGAGGACAACCUUGUUAAGAAGAAGAAGAAGAAGAGACUAGUUGAAGAUGCAGGUAGCACACAGGUGAACUGUGAUGUAUCUGCUUGUGUUCAGAGCAACGGGAAGCUUGCAAAGACACAGCAGAAACAACACAAAGCCAAACGGAAAAAUAGAAAGCAGCAGAAUGGCUCAACAGAAGAUUUGAACUAAGACUUCAGUUUCCGUCACCGUUAAGAAUGUUAAUUGUUUGUUUAUCUACAAG